AUGGAGAACGAAUUCUCAUCACUCCAGUCCUCCGUCUCGGCUGCCCUCGUAGCGACAACGAGAAGCGCUUCAUCUCUCGCGAACGAGGACCUACCAUUCCACCGCUCUCUGGACUCUUCACUAGCCACGGAACUGGACCGGCAGAAUGCGCGUCUUCUGGGCCUUGCGACGGGUCUUCUGGGCGCUGCGACUGCGACUUCGGACACAGUACGUCCACCACCUUCGCUGAAAGACGUCGAGGGCAUCGAGAACAACUGGCGAGCGGUGGUUGAUGUGGUCGACAGUCUGCUCGAGAGAGCUGACACCGCUCUGGACGAGUUCACGGGCGCGGUGAAGAGGUUGAGCCCGGCGAGAGAUGCGAAGGCCAACGGGACGAGAACACCAAAGCUCUCCAAAAUUGCCGCGCAACUACAGGCACAGGAUAUCGAGAAACCGCAAUUGCUAUUCGACAAUAAGACGACCAACCAUGAGGAGCGGCCGUUCAAGCCUUUGCUUUUGUCCAAACCACAUGCGUCGGUUCCACUCGCGACUGAGCCUGUCGCACUGAACGAGGAUUCUCAGUCACAAUAUCCGCACCCCUACCAGCUCGAAAUCGAACAGUACCGAUACCCGCCGUCGGUUUACACCACCGCCGACCCCGUACCGUACCAUCCAUUCGAUGCAACCACUGCAACUUUCGUCGACUCGGAGGAGCUUCUGGAAGACAUGAUCGAAGAGCUGAAGCAGGCAAACGAAAUCGCCAUUGACCUGGAACAUCAUGAUCAGAGAUCAUACAUCGGCUUGGUCAGCCUGAUGCAGAUCAGCACGCGGGACAAGGACUGGAUAGUGGACACACUCAAGCCAUGGCGCCGGAAGCUGCAAGCACUGAAUGAGGUGUUUGCCGAUCCCAGCAUUGUCAAGGUUCUGCACGGAGCGUACAUGGACAUCGUAUGGCUGCAGCGAGAUCUCGGCUUGUACAUUGUUGGGCUCUUCGAUACUCACUUCGCAUCCCGCGCGCUCGGGUACGCCGGCGGAAGUCUUGCCUUCUUGCUCAAGAAGUUCGCCAACGUCGACGCUCAGAAACAGUACCAGAUGGCAGACUGGCGUGUGCGGCCUUUGCCUCAAGAACUCUUCGACUAUGCUCGCAGCGACACCCACUACCUGCUCUACAUCUACGACUGUAUGCGGAACGAACUCAUUCAGCGUUCAGACUUUUCAACACCCAACCAUGAGGGCGACAAGCUGUGGGAUGUUCUUCAGAAGAGUUCCGAGACAGCGCUUCAGCGGUAUGAACAUCCUGAAUACGACCAAGAACUCGGCCAGGGACCGGCAGGCUGGUACAAGAUGCUUUCGCGGACACCUGCACUUUUCACCAAGGAACAGUUCUCCAUCUUUCGCGCCGUGCACAAAUGGCGUGACGACAUCGCGCGGGAGCAGGAUGAUUCCGUGCAUUAUAUCAUGCCGAACCACCAGGUCUUCAGCAUUGCUAGAGAAAUGCCGACCAACAGAGCUGCCCUACUUGGCAUCGCGCAGCCGACUACUCAAACAGUGAGGUUCAGAGCAGACGACCUGGUGGCAGUUGUUUCGAAGGCGAAAGAAGCUGGGAAGAUCGGGCCGGAGAUGCUGAAAGUGAUGAACAAGGUGGAGCCUCGCAAUGGUCCAAUUUUGGCGGCCAAGCAGAACGCAUCCGGUGACUCUGUUGCGCCUUAUAUUUCAAAGGCUUCGUCCAGCCUACCGACCAAUGGGGCCGAAACAGCCUCGACGUUGCCGUUACGCACUCAGACAUCAGCUUUCUGGGGUGGCGCAUUUGAGAGCAGCGCACACGAUCUCAACCAAAAGCGAGGCAUGAGCAGCACUGCACGACCGCUUGAGCUGAGCAUCCCUCUUCCAGCUCUGACUGCUGAGGUGUUCGCAGAGGGUCCGAACACAGCUGAGUUCAUGCCAGUGCGAUCGAAACCUGCCACACCGCGAGCCGAGCCUACACCCACCCAAACCACGGAUGAUGACGACGUCUUCGUGCUCAAGAAUCUGGGCAAGAAGCGGAAGCGACCAGCCGGUGACUCCGCGCCACCACAGCACGACGGUAUGGCAGCACAGACCGACGAAAUCGCGAUCGACGACGCAACAGAGCAAGCACGAGAGAAAACCGAGUGCAAGAAGGCGAAGAAGGAAGCCAAGAGAGCGGAGAAGAAAGCCAGGAAGGCGGCUGAGAGCAGCGAUGCAGCCGGCAAUGAGCUCGCUAACGGCGAUGAUGAGGCGCCAUUCGAUUAUGCCGCCGCGCCGAGUAUCUUGAACCCGCCGCGCGAGAGCAAGACGCAGAUGCGGGAGCGGAAGAAGAAGGAGGUGAAUCCUUAUGCGAAAGCACUUGAUACGCCGAAGGGUUUGCCAAGGGCGCAAAGGGAGAGGGCAGGAAGGAGUAUGACCUACAAAUCCUCCUACGACCACACCAGACUUUUGAUCUUCUGUGAGCGCUUCGUCCUCCCACGGACUCUUCGAACCACUGGCGAGCGGCAGGAACUCUUCGAAUUCUCUCCGUACCGCCAGAACAAGCUCAAAAUGUGCAGAUACAUUGGUAUCGAGUGGAAGUGCGGCGACAAAUGGCACAAGGUCAUCGGCCACCAGAACACUUUGAACUACCGCAUCUACAAGGAUGCUGCCGAACGGCAACGCAUCGUCCAAGCCAUGGAGACAGCAAAGACAGCUUACUACCAGGCGUGCGACUUUCACAUCAACACCAACUGUCUCCCCCGGCUUUUCCAAGGACUGGAGAGGUCAGAUGUGAUGGUCAGCGGAAUGCGCAAGUUCCGGUGGAAAUUCGACCGCGUCCCGGUAUCCGACAAGAACCUCUUUCCGCCUGGGCUGGCCGACCAAAUCGAUUUGCCCAACAACAAUGCCGUCCGGACUGUGGGGUUGCUGAACGAGAAUGGAGGGCGGCUCAGCCGUGAUCCUUCCACCCUGACAUCGAUUCAUCAGUAUAUGACGGUUCUCCAACAUUGCCAGAACCACCCAGAGGACCAGCUGAGUUAG